UCCUCAACUCAUCAACUUACUUUCUAGCAUUUCAUAUAAACAUUAAUUGUUCAAAAACUAUAAAUGGAGAACAAAGUUUUCACUGCCUUCUUCUUGUUUCUAGUCCUCUUCUCAUCUCAGGAGGUUAUUGGGAUAGAAGGAAGGAUGUGCCAAUCAAGGAGCCAUCACUUCAGGAGCAUAUGUUUGUCCAGCCACAACUGUGCUAAUAUCUGCCGUGGCGAGGGCUUUUCCGGUGGUCGUUGCCAUGGUCUCCACCGGAAAUGUUACUGUACUCGUCUUUGCUAACUAUUUGUUCUCUUUUCCAUUAAAAAUGUUACUGUUGUUGUUGACAUGUUGUGUUCUUCCUUCCAGUUUCUAAUAAUAAUUAUAAUGUUUCUCAUUUUGUUAUUCAAGAUGAAUCAGACAUAAUGUCAAC